AUGAAAAAUAUAUUAUCCUUUUCAUUUUCAUUUUCAUUUUUAUAUAUAUUAUUUUUAUUAUUAUUUUUAAAUAAUAAUUUAUUAAUUAUUAAAUCAUGUCCAACUUAUCCAAAUCCAAUUAAAUUAAAUCAAAAUGAAAGUUUAUUAAUUGAAGCAUAUAAUCAAAUUGAUGAAUUAAUUCAAAAUAAUAUGAAAUUGAAUAAUGUUACAAGUUUUAUUGCAACAAUUGUUUAUAUGGAUGAAAUUGUUUGGUCAAAAACUUAUGGUAAUUUAAAUCCAUUAGAUGAUAAAUCACCACCAUUAACAAUUGAUAAUAAUAUAAAAAUUGCAAGUUUAACAAAAGUUUUCACAUCAUUAAUGAUGUAUCAGUUAAGAGAUAAUGGUAAAAUUUUAUCAUUGGAUGAUAAAAUUUCAAAUUAUUUCCCAAAAUUUAAAAUUAAUGAUAUUUAUAAAUUAAAAAGUAGUGGUAGUGGUAGUAAAAGUGGUAAAAGUGAUAUAAAAGAUAAUAGUAUUACUUUUAGACAAUUAGCAUCACAUCAAUCAGGUUUACCAAGAGAAGUACCUUGUGAUUCAAUUACAUAUGGGACUAAAAAUUGUACAGAAAAUAUAAUAUUUGAAAGAUUAUCAAAACAAUUCACACUUUUAAAACAAUAUUCUGAAGUUCAUUAUUCAAAUUUAGGUUUUGCAUUACUUGGUAAAAUUUUAGGUGAAAUCAUUUCAAAUUCUACAAAUAAUAAUAAUAAUAAUAAUAAUAAUAAUAAUAAUAAUAAUAAUAAUAAUAAUAAUAAUAAUAAUAAUAAUAAUAAUAAUAAUAAUAAUAAUAAUAAUAAUAAUAAUAAUAAUAAAAUUAAAACCAAUGAUUUAAUUAGUAGUAAUGAACAAUUUCAAUAUGAAAAUUACAUUUUAAAUAAUAUUUUAAAACCAUUAAAUAUGAUGAAUUCAACAUUUAAUUAUGAUGAUAUUGAUAGUAAUAAUUUGGCAUUAGGUUAUACAAUUUUAAAAAAUGGUACAUUUGAAAUUGUACAAAGACAAAAUUCAGGUUGGAAUUCACCAGCUGGUGGGUUAUAUUCAACAGCAAGAGAUAUUUCAAAAUUUAUGAUAUUUUGGUUAAAUAAUGGUAUUAUUUCAAAUAAUAAUAAUAAAAAUGAUAAUAAUAAUAACAAUAAUGAAAAUAAUGAUAAUUUAGUUAAAGAAUCAACAAUUAAUGAAGCAUUAUUACCAGUGAGUUUAAUAAGUGAUGGAUUAACUGCAUAUGGUACACCAUUUGAAAUGUGGUAUGAUCAACAAAAUAAUAUUUGGUUAAAAUCAAAAGCAGGAAUUGCAAAUGCUUAUAGAACUCAAAUGGCAUUAAUACCACCAUUAAAGCUAGGAAUGUUUUUUAGCUCACAAUUUGUUUUUGACACACCUGAUUUAUUUACAAGAGAAGUUUCUCAAAUAUUAAUUCCAGUUUAUGAAUAUUUAUUAAAUAAAAAACAAGAGGAGAAAGAAGAAAAAGAAGAAGAAGAAGAAAAUCAACAAGAUGAAUCACAACAACAACAACAACAACAACAAAAUAAUAUAAAAUUAUUAUCAAAUGAUAUUUUUAUUGGUAAUUAUUUAAAUGAAUUUGGAUCAAUAUUUAAUGUUUUUAUUGAUGAUUCAACAGGUUUAUUAUAUUGUAAUUUUGGAAAUGAUUUUGUAUAUUUAAUUUCGGAUUUUGAUGAUAGUUAUAAUUUCCCACAUAUUAAAAGAAUUUCAUUAUUGGAUCCAAAAAAAUAUAUUUGUUGGCCAAUAGUUGAUGGUGCUAAUGAAGAGUUAAUUUAUUUCACUUUUAAUGAUGAUGAUAGUAGAAACUCAAUAACUUGUACUGGCGUUCAAGUAUUGGGUCAAUUUUUAUAUAAAACUUAA